GCCACGUGAGUUCGGCCGGGAGGAUGGGGAAGAAGAGCAAGAGGGAGAAGAAGGCGAAGGGGGCCGAGAAGACGGCGGCCAAGAUGGAGAAGAAGGUCUCCAAGAGGGCCCGGAAGGAGGAGGAAGAUCUCGAAGCCCUCAUUGCUGAGUUCCAGACCCUGGAUGCUAAAAAGACGCAGGUGGUGGAGACCGGCUGCCCACCACCUUCGCCCAGGCUCAACGCAUCCUUGUCUGCCCACCCCGAGAAAGAUGAGCUAAUUCUGUUUGGAGGUGAAUAUUUCAAUGGCCAAAAAACCUUCCUCUACAACGAGCUCUUUAUUUACAACAUUCGGAAGAACAGCUGGGCUAAAACCGACAUCCCGAAUCCGCCUCCCCGGCGCUGCGCUCAUCAGGCCGUGGUGGUUGCUCAGGGUGGCGGGCAACUCUGGGUGUUUGGUGGUGAGUUUGCUUCACCGGACGGGGAGCAGUUUUACCACUACAAGGACCUUUGGGUCCUCCAUUUGGCCGGCAAAACGUGGGAACAGAUCAAGGCCACCGGUGGUCCUUCCGGCCGCAGCGGGCAUCGCAUGGUGGUGUGCAGGAGGCAGCUGGUCGUGUUCGGAGGGUUCCACGAAAGCGCCAGAGAUUACAUCUACUACAACGAUGCUUACACCUUUAACCUGGACACCUUCACCUGGGUCAAGCUGGCUCCUUCGGGGAUGGCACCCUUGCCACGGUCCGGCUGCCAGUUGGCCACCACUCCUGAAGGCAGCGUCCUCAUCUACGGAGGCUACUCCAAGCAGCGAAUUAAAAAAGACGUGGACAAGGGCACCCUCCAUGCGGACAUGUUCCUGUUGAAGGCCGAAGGCUCAGACAAAUGGAUGUGGAGUCGGCUUACCCCUUCUGGUGUGAAGCCUCCACCCCGGUCUGGCUUCUCGGUGGCUCUGGGCCCAAACAACAGGUCCCUUCUCUUCGGCGGCGUCCAUGACGAGGAAGAGGAGGAGUGCCUGGAGGGCGAUUUCUUCAACGAUAUGUAUUUCUACGACCUGGUGAAGAACCGCUGGUUCCCUGGACAGCUGAAGGGACGGAAGUGUGAGAAGAAGAAGAAAAGGCGAGGCCAGGGGACGGAGCCCUCUCCUGCAGCAGCUUUGCCCGAGGGAUCUGGUGAAACCCCUCCUGGCCCUGUGGAGAUCGUAAAGGAGGUGGUGGCAGAAGACGGGACCGUCAUGACCAUUAAGGAGACGAUCUCGUCCCCCGUGGCGGAGCAGCAGAGCUCAGAAUCGGAGGGGGAAGACGGGGAUGCGACGGGAGACGAGGCCUCCGGCCCGCAGGUGGAGCCAUGCCCACGUUCGAAUGCCAUGCUGGCGGUGAAGCACGGGGUGCUGUACGUCUACGGGGGGAUGUUCGAGGUGGGAGACCGCCAGUUCACGCUGAACGACCUCUACGCCCUCGACCUCCACAAGAUGGACGAAUGGAAGGUCCUAGUAGAGAUGGACCCCAAAACACAAGAGUGGCUUGAGGAAUCGGAGUCUGACGAGGGAGACGAUGCGCAGGGUGCUGAGGGAGGAGAGGAGGAGGAAGACAGCAGCUCGGAGGAGGAGGGGAGUGACGAGGAAGACGAAGAAGAGGAGGAGCACCCAGCCCUCCAGCUUGACGAGAAGUAUGAAGAUUAUCUCUCCAGGACGGAGCAAUACUGGGUGAAACUGGCCCGCCGCCACCUGGGCCCCGAUGCCAAAGAGAAGAAGGUGGUGAAGGUGGGCCGUGCGAUGGCAAAGACCUUCUAUGAAGAGUCUGCCUAGAGGAGGACUUCCUGCCCAAACAAGAACAGCGGGAAGGGGGCACAUGCUCAGCUCCGGGCAUGCGGCCGGGACCCACGGCCAGCACUGUGCAUUCGUUCCCCUUCCAUGCACCGGAGGACAGAAAUGCCUUUUUCUUUGUGCCGGUCUUUGCGUGCCCGAUACCACCAGCAAGUCAUUGGUUGGGGGGGCCUCUGAAGUGCACGGGUACAGUUCCAGAGCUGGUUUUCCCGAGUGGCAAAACUGGAUGGUAAAAGUGUCUUUUCCCUAGACUGUUGUCAAGGAGCAUUGUGCGUUCGAAUGCUUCUUUCUGCGUGUGUGUGUGGGGGGUGGCUCUUUGCACACAGGAAACUAGUUUGCUAACGGCCUCCAUACGGGAGCGUCAAGUCUGCGACUGCUACAUCUGGGGGGCUUCCUAUGCUUCAAUACACACACACACACACCCGGGCUGGGAUUUCUCAGGACAAUGGGCAAGUAUGUGUGUGGACAGGGGCAGAGAUGUGGAAGACAAUUUGGCCGGUGACUUUGGGGGAGCAGACCUUAAAGCCUGGUGAUUCUAGUGGGAAGUCAUUCGGAGCUCCCAGGUUUUAAACGUGUGAGGUCUUCCGGUCCCUCCUACUCCAUCAGC